AUUUUGGCUGCUGCUGCGGCGGACAUCGUGUCGCUAAACUUAAAAUCGUUUACUAUAUUUCAUUUAUUGUCAAUUGUUUGUGGUGCGUAUAGCAUUUAAAAUAGCUUGCAACAAUAACAACUACUACAGCAACAACAACAGCCGAGCAGUAGACAAACAACAAGAAAAAUACUUUUGAAGAGAGAAGUUCAGUUCGUUCGCCACAAUUAUAUUGAUAUAGAGUAGUGCACAGUUUUACAGCGCGCCCACCACCCUCUGCAGCACCCUUCUGCAUAAUGGAAUAAUGGACGAAAAUGUAACAGAGAAUUGUAACGAAAUUAUCUUCAUCGCUUCUAGUUGUCGUCGUUGUACGUAGUUGGUAUGUUCGAAUCUACUGGAGGCUUCAACAGAUAAUUGUACAAUUAUAACAUUUGCAUAAAAUGCAAAUAUUAUCAGAGACAGACAAAGAGUUUAUUAAAGGAACCACAAUAAACCGUGACACAAUGAAAACUACAAAGGAGCGACUUCAAGUGCGCGAAAUAAAUCAAGUCUUUUUAUGCUAUCUCUGCAAUGGAUACAUGGUGAAUCCCACUUCCAUCGAUACAUGUCUACACACAUAUUGCCGAAGUUGCAUUGUGCAGUAUCUGAGCAGUAAGAAUAUUUAUUGCCCACAGUGCACUCCUGUCAUUAGCAAGCAGAUUAGUUUGAAUAACUUAAAGUCGGAUGAUAUAUUACGUGACGUUAUAUAUAAAGUAGUGCCCGGGCUUUAUCAGCACGAGUAUGAGCGCAUACAACGGUUUAGAGAGGAGAAACGUAACUCCGUUGAUAAUUUAACCGAUGAAAAAUAUGAACUGGGAGAUGAUUUUUUCUUACCGACAGAACCAAUUAGUUUAUCUUUGGAGUAUCAUCCACAACAAUUAAAGUGGUGCAAUGAAGCACAAAUACCGCCAGUAAGGUAUCUGCAAUGUCCUGCUGGUCUGAGAAUAUUUCAUUUAAAGAGAUUCCUGUGCUCAAAAUAUGAUAUUGAUCCUGACAAUAAACAAGUCCAAGUGGAAAUAAUCUAUGAAGGAGAAAUUCUUCCCAAUGAUUUUACUUUAAUGGAUGUGGCGUACUGCUACAAAUGGAAGAGGGAGGCACCAAUGCAAUUUCUCUACAGAAUUCUUCUAUACAGUAAUGAGAAGUCAAAAUGUUUAACAAUAGAAACUCAGUGUGGUAGUCAAAAACCUGUAGAGACGGCCAACAUAAAAUCACAUUUUGUGAAACCGAUGACUGAACUGACUGACAAGACAAAUUUGGAAUUAACACAUAAAAAAUCUACAGGCAAAACCAAAUUAAUGAAGAAUAAAGAGUCCAAAAACUCCAUGAAAGUUGCAAAGAAAUCAAAUGCACACAAGAAAGCGUCUUCAAAGCGUUCUAGUUUUGGAAGUGCAUCACUGGACAUAACUCAUGAUUUCAAAAGCCUGCGCAGUAAUGAUAUGCGCUUCAGUGAUUAUUCAACGACAACUACAGUGGCGCCGACUGCAAAUUCAGCGGGUAAUGCAAGAAAAUACUCUCAAAACUUACACAGUAGAGACACGAAUACUGCAAAAACAGAUCCAUCAGCAACAAAGUGUGAUAUUGUGGUUACUAUACCACAUUCGCAACUCGCACCCUCCAUACUUAGUGAGGACGACGAGACCCUGGCGCAAUUGAAAAAUGCGUGUAAAAAGAACCCGCCCCCAAAACCAAUUAUUAAGGCUGAAUCACCAAAAAAAUCGCAUAACGUACCAAAACUGAAAAUUGAUAUGAGUAGUUUGAAGACCAAACUGACAAUUCCAAAACCAAAAUCCGCUGAUGCACGUUUCGAAGCUAUCGAAACUAAAAAAGUAAAGCAUCGCAAGCACUCGUUCGAUGAUAGUCGGCCCAUCGCUGAUAAGGUCGACUUGGAAACAUAUGCCAAAAAUAUCGGUUUAAAGCCAAUCGAUGUGCAGACUGCAAAUGAAACAGCCGAGCAGACAGAAAAGUUUAAAUAUAGUCCAAAUGCCUCACCAAUGUCGUCAAGUUCGUCAACCACUUCAUCCUCGAACAGUAAUUUCAAUUAUGCAACUUCUGCAGAUUUCACUUCAUCUUCGCAUAAGAAACGUAAAAAGAAGCAUUCAAAAGAUUCUAAGGAUGUCAAAGAGAGCAAAAGAAGAAAACUUCAUGCUGAAAUAUCUUCGCAACCUGCAGAUGAAAGCCUGAAAAUGAAGGUCAAAAUCACUGCAGCACAUUCCAAUCAUAAAGCACAUAAAACUGAAAGUAAGAAGAUAGCAGAUUCAGAUAUAUUCAAAACUCCAGCUACUGAGUCUGAAAGGUUUCCAGUACAUAAAAUAAAGCAUAGCGAAAGCAAUAAUAAUAGAGCCGCCAAUUCGUUUUCUUCAAUGUUAGCCUUAAAUAAAGCACUUUGUGAAGAAUCUCAGAGCAUAAAUAAUCUCAUAAAGACAAAAACGAAUACUGAGCAGAAAACUGUACCUGGAGAUAAAGACGUAAUCGGUAAUAAUAACACGGUUAACGGCGCAAAAGAAACCAAUUUGCUACCAAAACCAAUUGCAAAUAUAAUAGAAACUAAUAUUCCUUCGUCGCCACCCUUACCACCCAGCCUCUUCAAGCCCAGCGCAAUGACAUUGGGGCCGCUGAAAGCAAAAACUACUACGUUUCUUAAAAACCCAACUGAAUCGAUUAAGCAACCAACAUUCGUUUCAUCCACAAAAGAGGAAACAGUUUUAGUAAAACCCGCUUUGUCAAAUCCGAAAACAAUUUUACCAGGACAAGCCACACUACCAAAGGCACAAAAAUUACAUACACUAAACUUUGAUAAGAAGGGCAUAAAUCAGAAACCUCAACAACAGCAGCAACCAAAACAACAAUUUGCAGUUCCUAAUCCGCCACGUCCACUACCAAAUGCACAAAAAUACUUUUCAACCCCUACCUCAAUAGCCAGUUCUGCCAAUAAGCAAGCUGGUAUGCAAUUAAAACGCUCAAUCUCACUCGAUGAGUCUAAUUCCGGAUCGAUUAGCAAACUGCAUAAACUUGAACAGGAUCGCUUGAUGCGUAAGUCUGCUUAUGGCCCCUACUCUACAAAUGUAAAGUAUCAAAACCAAUUUGCUCGCAAUCAUGAAAAAGUAACCACUUUGCCAGCAAAGGCAACGGAAUUGCCUUUUUAUUCCCAAAUGACAAUUGCAUAUGGGCAAGGCGCCAAAAGACACUCAUCACAAAUGACACACACACCCAUUAACAUCUCUAAGAACAACAGUAAAAUAUACAAUGCGCCGUGCAGUACAAGUGCUGUAACGAUAACACCACGAUCGAAAACUACCACUACCCAGCCAUCUUCAAUGAUGUCAUUUCCAAAUCAUGGACAAGGCAAACCUGCCGUAGAAAUUGUGCGUAUAUCAACAAGUCACAAUACAGUUGAUUUGUUACCACUCCCAACACCAUUAAGUCCUCCGGUUGGUAACAGACUCACUAAACCACCUAUUGGUGGUUCUCAUCCUAAAAAAGAGAAGAUAGCACAACAAAAGCUUGCAAAAACAUCGCCAACAGUAAUACCAUCACCGCCUUUAAACGUACCUAAACCCAUAAUAAAUAAUUCCUAUAAUCCCUCGCCUCCAGUUUUAGUUAACUUACACAAUACUAUACCAUUGAUGUUACCGACUAAAACAGCUGAAAUAGACAAACCGAAUGAGAUUAAAAAAACUAACGGUUGCAUUGAAUCCAAAAAAACAAGUAGCCUCAGAGACUUUCGGCCAACUGCUAAAGAUAAUGGAGUCGAGAUACUUGACCUGUCAGCUGGUAAAAUAAACGAGACCAAAACGACUGAACCAGUGGUGCAAAACAACAUAGGCAAUAGUCUCGAAGCAGCAUUGAAUAAAAUCAAACAAAAUAUUUCUGCCAACAACAAUAUUGCAACAAAGUCCAACAGCAUGGAUGAACGGAAUGAAGAUCUACAAAAUCUGCAGUUGCUGUCAGAAUCUGCCACAACCCGGGAAAGACUUGCAAUUAAAACGCAAUUCUAUGACAAACCAAAACUACAACAACCAUACGUGGUACGACAGCAAAAUGCCUCUGUGCGGAAUAUACCAAAUCCCUCAGCGCUAGCUUUUCGCAAUCAACCCACUAUCGUCUCGACGAUAGCAGCAACUUUAACUAAUACACAAACAACAGCAGCAGAUACUGUGGUAUCUGCUACAACUACAACAACCGCUACUUCACCAAAUCAGCACAAAAGUGCGUUAAGCUCCCCAAGUAUGGAAGAUAAAAUAAAGUUACCGCUUAACAAUACAACAUUAACUAUGCCAACUAAAAGCGCGUGCUCAACCACGCAAAUCUCUACGGUUUCGAGCUUGCGGCCCACUAAGAAACCAACUACAAUCGAUCAAGUGGCCGCUAAUUUAAAUAUCAGAGCAGCCGCCGCGGAAGCUUCAGCAGCGAAAGCAGCCGCCAUAGAAGAAUCUACAGCAGCGGUAAAUACAGCAUAUGCGGUAAAUACAGCCAGUGUAAACGCCGUUAAGCCAAAGCAUGUCUUAAGUGAAGUGAGUGGCUACGAGACAGUCGAUUUAACUAUAAAAUGCGAAUCGCCUACAAAGAGUGUAGAGGAGAAAGCGACGAAGACAAUUGAAGCUACGACCACGCCUAAAAUCAGUGUUACGGCUGACGUAGUGCAAUUAACCCAAAAGGAGACCAACAACAAUAAUCACAACAACAAAGACACAAACCUUGCAGUUGCAACAACAAACUCCUCCGUCUGAUGAGGUGAGUUCGGUGAAAGAAACUUUAUUUAUUUUUUAAGCUAAAGUGAAAAAAAA